AUUGGCGAACACCCGGAUGACAGUUCGCCCAAUCCGCGACGCGAAGUGACUACGGCUGCUUUUCCAUCGGCCAAUGGGAAGCGGCGCUGUUUUGGCGCCCACUUUGAGUGGGGGCGGCUCGCGGCCGCCGCCGUUCCCUCAGCGCUCUCCUCGUUGCCGCCAUGUUCGUCACCGACUGCCGCCGGGAGUUCUACGACGUGAUCGUUAGCCAGCGAGUUCUUCUUCUUGUGGCCUCAGACGUUGAUGCAUUAUGUGCUUGUAAAAUACUCCAAGCUUUGUUUCAAUGUGAUCACGUGCAGUAUACGCUAGUCCCUGUGUCUGGAUGGCAAGAACUUGAAACUGCCUUUCUUGAGCAUAAAGAUCAGUUCAAAUAUUUUGUUUUUAUUAAUUGUGGUGCCAAUGUUGACCUGUUGGAGAUCUUGCAGCCUGAAGAAGACACUUAUUUUUUUGUGUGUGACAGCCACAGACCUAUCAAUAUAGUGAAUGUUUACAAUGAGACACAGAUUAAGCUGUUAGUUAAGCAAGAUGAUGAUCUUGAUGUUCCUGCUUAUGAUGAUAUCUUCAGAGAUGAAGAGGACGAAGAAGAGGAGUCAGAGAAUGAAAGUGAUGGCUCAGAGCCUUCAGAUAAGCGCAGACGGUUUGAAGAGGAGGUAAUAGAGAGAACAAUGAAAAGGCGACAAAGGCGAGAAUGGGAGGCACGCAGACGUGAAAUUCUUUUUGAUUACGAGCAAUAUGAAUACCAUGGGACCUCAUCUGCGAUGGUGAUGUUUGAUCUGGCGUGGAUAAUGUCUAAAGACUUGAAUGACAUGUUGUGGUGGGCUAUUGUUGGCCUAACAGAUCAGUGGGUCCAAGAUAAAAUUACCCAAAUGAAGUAUGUGACUGAUAUUGGAAUCCUGCAGCGCCACGUGUCUCGCCAUAACCACCGCAAUGAGGAUGAGGAAAAUUCCCUGUCCAUUGAUUGCAUGCGAAUAGCAUUUGAAUACGAUCUGCGCCUGGCACUUUAUCAGCACUGGUCUCUGUAUGAAAGUCUCUGUAAUACAUCAUAUACCUCUGCUAACCUCAAGCUCUGGUCAGUACAAGGUCAGAAGCGGCUGCAGGAGUUUUUGGCUGACAUGGGUUUGCCUUUGAAACAAGUGAAACAGAAGUUUAAUUCCAUGGACAUGUCUUUGAAAGAAAAUCUUCGGGAAAUGAUUGAAGAAUCAGCAAAUAAGUUUGGAAUGAGGGAUUUAAGAGUUCAGACCUUCAGCAUUCACUUUGGCUUUAAGAACAAGUUCUUAGCAAGUGAUAUUGUUUAUGCCACAGCUUCUCUCAUGGAGAGCAUAGAGAAAGAGGGGCCUGAAACAACUAAUUUCAUUAAAGCUUUGGACAGUCUCUCCAGAGGUAACCUGGACAAACUGCACCAAGGGCUGGACCUAGCCAAAAAGCAGUUACGUGCCAUUCAGCAGACAGUAGCCAGCUGCAUUUGCACCAACCUUGUUAUUUCCCAAGGGCCUUUUCUUUAUUGCUCUCUCAUGGAGGGUACACCAGAUGUGAAACUGUUUUCUAAACCAAUAUCUCUGUGCCUGCUUAGUAAAUACUUGCUCAAAUCCUUCGUUUGCUCUACAAAAAACAAGCGCUGCAAAUUACUGCCACUGAUAAUGGCUGCACCAAUGGAUGUUGAACAGGGAACUGUGAUCAUGGUGGGGAUUCCUCCAGAGACAGAAAGCUCUGACAAAAAGAACUUUUUUGGAAGAGCGUUUGAGAAAGCUGCUGACAGUACCAAUUCCAGGACUUUACACAACCAUUUUGACAUGUCCAGAAGGUGAAACUUAGCCACAAGACACCCAAAAGAAUGAAUCAAAAGAUCAUCAUCCUUGUGGAGCAUCGUGAUGUGGACAUGGCAGUACGUGACAGCAGCAGCCUGUCAUCGAUUAUCUCUGACUGCGGAGCUGUAAACAUUUCUAGCAUGGAAAAUGUCUUCCUAACAGAGGCUGCCUGGUAAAUGGAGCUCAGAGGAGUUAUCUCCUCUUCCAGCUGCAUAUGAAAUACAUACGGCUUACUUCAAUUAUGUAAAACUGUGAAUUCCAAUGUGCAAGUCCAGCAGGAAUGUGUGACUGGGGCUGUGCGUCUGUCAGGCAGAGGCUCCUUGCUGUAAGUCAGCAAGGUCCCUGCUGUCAGGGAGAGGGGACUGUGCAAAAGAACUGACCAGAGAGACAGAGAUAUCUCAGAGGUGAACGGGAGGAAACCCGAAAGGCAGGCUGAAACUGAGUAACGUCUGUAUUUAUGAUGAUAAUAAUGAUUAUAUAGAAACCUCAGAAGAACAAUUAAAAAGGGGGGGGAAGAAAAGCCAGUUGUUAUCUUAGCCUGUAAGCACAGGGAAGCCCCACCCUUACCACUUGCCCAAGAGCACAGAAAUGCAGUUUCCUCUGAUACAUUGCCUACGUGUGCUGCCCAGGCGGGAGGCACUUGUGGGGCCGUGCAGCUGCUGGGGCUGCGUGCAGGGAAGGGAAGCAUUGCACGGCUUUUUUCACCUCUGCAGCCCUCAGCCCACCUUCUCGUGCUACCUGUUACCGAGCAACCAAUUCCUCCAAGUCACUUAAUCCAAGACAUUUAUUACUCUGGGGCAACGCAUGCUUAGCAAUCACAGAGUAAACCAACAUUUCUGCUUAAAGGAAUUUCCAUUCUUGGCACUUCUGCUUCUUGUGUUUGUUCCCUUUUCUUACCCAGGUACUGCCUUUUAUCCUGGCCACACCAUUUUUAAUUACUCCUCGAUGCUGAAAACAAGAUCUCAUUGCACAGGCUCCCAGCACUCACUGUUCUGGUUACACUUGCAGGUGACUUUGUGGACACAGCUGAGGGGGCUCAGGACCCCCUCAGCAUCAGCACACUGUGGCUUCUGAUGGUGUUAAUGUCACAACAUUGGGAAUGACUUGAAGCUCCCAAAGUGAAAAGGUUCUGUUUUCUUAAAAGUGAACACAAAUCAGCACAAUGUUUUGCUUGGGAUAUUAAGUAAAUAAAUAAUUACUUGUAACUGAAAUCCGUGUUAGUAAAGUCUGUAUUCACCUCAAUUCAAAGACAUGAUGUUCUUGAGGCAAAGUAAGUUGUUAACAAAUUACCGUUUCUGUUAUUGCAUCUAUUGCUGUUUCAGCUAUGUAUUUAUUAAAUCAUCUUGGGGGGAUGCAGAGGGGGCUUUGCAGCCUGUGAAAAUGGGCGGAAGUGGUAUUCAAACUGAGAACAAUUGCACAGAAACUAUACUAUAGCAAGAGGGGCUUUGGGAUUAGAAGUAAUUGUGUGUUCAUGCUUUUCCUGACAUGAUCAGGACAAACACUGGGCACAGAGUAACUGGGAGGGCUGUUAAGGGGGGUCCAGGCUCCAGGAUCCAGCACUGCUUGUCCUGAAAUAUGAACUGUGGCCCAUGGCACAGAAGAACUGCCGUGCCCAGCCCUCCUGUCUGGCCAGGGCUUUGCUCAGCCCCAAGCAUUCUGCUGGCAGUGUUCAGACAGAUUUGUGUUUUGGGACCUGAAAUGUAGACUGCUUCUGCUCCUUCUCACCCCUAAAAUGUUAAGCAUCAGGAAGACAAGAAAAUGUCGUUUGGUGUCAAGCUUAUGCCCAAACGUAGUAUUGUUUGUGUGAAUAUGGCAGGCAAUGAGUCAAAAGAAUUAAAAGCUCAGUGAUCUCAAGAUGGCUUACCGCAGCUUUUGGAUCAGACAGAAGCAAAAGUGAAGAAUCAGGAGUCCUAUUACAGAUAGACUGUUAAUUAAGUUAUUCUUUAUUAGUCAAGAUUGCUCCUUUCUGAAUUAUCCCUUGAAGUGAGACUGUUUCUCCCAGGAGAAGAGAUUCAGUUGGAGCUUGAGUUCACGUUCUGUAUCUUGCAGAGAAGUGGGCCUCCAUGAAGUCCCUGCACAGCAACAGUGCCAGCACGUCUUCAGGCCAGAGUGACACAUCAGAAAGUUGAUAUGUAAGAAUGAAUCCUUGUCAGAUGAUGGGCUGAUUACAGAAUGAAAGUACACAAUUUCCCCAUCAGAUUUAUCUCAGCUUCCUUUAUGUUGGAAAGAAGAUGGAAUUGCCACUCACUUUGUUAGUUGAUAUUUUUAGCAAAGAAAAACAGUGAUCUAAGCACAGCACCAGCAUUUUGCAAUAGGGAUCAUAAAUACAAUAUGACCAACACUAACAAAGUAGCAUCCAACAACUUUUUUUAGUACAAGUGUUGCUGCUGCCCUUUGGGAUGGAGAAAUGGAUGCCCAUCCUACUCUUCAUCCUCAGUGCUAAUGUGAGAUGAUUCAUAUGGAAGAAGGGAAGGAAACAAAUAUAUGUGUUUGCAAAGAUGGAUAAAAGAGUUACAGAUCUGCUUCCAACCUUCAUAUCCUUGCUGGUGUAUUGUUUUCUAAAUGAGGUCACCCUGGCCCCAUAACAGUCCUUGUACUUUACAAGCAUCCCCUGCCUGGGCAUUCUCUUAUGGAUUGCCCACUGGCUCUGUCAGGGAGCCAGGAGCAGGGAAUUCUGGCUGCCCCACACACUGCAUCAGGAGUCAAGCAGUGCUAUGAGCGCUUUCUUGGCAUAAUGAGGAAAUUAAUUGUGCAAAACUAUCAUUAGAAUGGAGUUCCAAACCUCCCUGCUUGAAUUUCCCUACACACAAACCUCUGGAUUGGUAUCUCGAAGUUCCCCUUGGUCUGAACUGGUCUUCAUGUCUCCAUGAGUUAGUAAAGCAGCUCCCAUUUACCAGCCCCCACUGCCUUGCCCUGCGGAGCUGCUGUGUGCCUUGUGUUCUGAGUUUGACUUUCCAGAGAAUGCUGUGGUGCCUCUGCACAGCCAUAGCUCUGGGGCUUCAGGGUGGUUAAUGCAAUGAAUGAUGAAGACCACUUUCUCAAAGCUUAGUAUGUCCCUCUGGUAGAUCAGUACCUAAACAUCAGGAGAACUGCAUAUACGCCUCAGCCUUGUCAGUUCCAGUACUUCUCAUUCUUGCUGUGAAUAGCUCUUGAGAACGUAUUAAAGCUUGGGGGAAAAGAACUAUAGGAAAUAUACAUUGUUUCACAUUCAAGAAUCCAUUCUGUGUCACGUUUCCUAUCCAGAGAACUGUAGUUUAAUUUUGUCCUCUCCCAAAGUUAGCCUCCUUCCACGGAUUGUGGUGAACCAGGACUCUGGUAGACCAAUCUCUUUCCCAUGUAAUUGUUGGGAAAUCACAUCAGAUGUCAUUUGGUUAAGCACAGCGUCAGCAAGGACAAAUGUCAUUGUUUUAAAUAUACAUUGCAGAUGUUGAAAGUAAUUAAUAAAAACAUGACCUUGGAGAUAAGUGAAAACUCUUCAGGGUCAGUGAUGGGAAACCUACUAUAUUUCUCAAGUGUCCCAGGAAACCUGAGUUCCAGAGAACAUAAGAAGGUUUGGGGCACCUCCUCUGACCAUAAGAGAUUAAUGCUGAGCAGUGCAGCUGUGUUCAAAGUACUUUUUUCCUGCUGACCCCUUGAAAGAGGACAUCACGCACAGUGUGCAACUGUUGGGUAUUUACUCCUGAAAGGUUUGGUUCUGGAGCUCCAAGCUGUGAUUUAGCAAAGCACAGUUAUUCUGAGUCUUAAACACAGGCUUAAAUCUGAUGGAAAUGAAAAGGAUCACACAUUGUUUCAGGCUUAAAGCCCAAAUAUUCAACUGUGUGAGGAACAGACAAAACUGACAGAAAACAGAGCUAAAAGAGAUUUUGUAACUGGAAAUUUUGUCUAAGCAGUACAUCUUCUGUUUUGUUUUAGUUUAAUGGAAAUUAUACCAAGGAACAUGGGGUUGUUUUAUGUAUCAAAACUCAAUCCAGUCUUCAGGUCUUCAGUUUUGUGGUCAUAUUUGUUUUAUUAUAAUCAGUGUCAAACCAUUUUCUCUGUUAAUUAACAGAAGAUGCCAUAAAGUUUUGAGAUUAUUUCUUUCUUCCUUUUUUUCUUUUUCUUUUUCUUUUUCUUUUUCCUGAAUGUGUGAGGUUUUUUAACUUGCUAAGACAACGCUCCACACAAAAUCAAGAUCUGAAUUCAAGGAAGGACUAUGCUUUUGAUAAUGUAAACUUAAAUGUAGCAGGAAAUUUUAAGAGAGACAUUUGAGCUUCCGAGAACUAAAACAAAAUUCAUUCAGAAACUAUCAGAACAAGUGAUUGGCUCACGUUCAGACUGCCAUUGACUGCAUUAACAUUUCUUUUUAAUCAUUUGGGAGGAAUAGGAGUCUUCAAUACAAUUGUAUCUUCUAUCUCUUCUAACACCAGCAAGAGAAAUAAGGAUGCAAAACGUGUUUUGUGGCCGUGCAUUCUGUAGGUUUCACAGUGUAACAUUUCCUAAUUACAUGUACCAAAUAGUCCUGCUGCUCAGUGUUUGUGCAGUUUCAUAACAAGUCUCAUAACGUCUUUCAAAAGUAACAAAAGUACAUUCUCAUAAAGUGAGCAACUGCAUUGUAGAACUCAUUGUCACAGGAUGCUCUUCAUGCCAAAAGUUGAGAUGGGUUCAAAAAGAAACAAAAAACAUUCAUGGAAGAGAAAACUCUCAAGAUAAAAGUUCUGGUUCAGGAAGUCGCCGAGCUGCAGAUCGCCGGAAGCCGGGAGGAUACACAGCCACAGUGCUACUGUUAUCUUUUCCCAAGCAUCUGCUCCGGGGCACGGCUACUGCUGAUCUUUGCUCCCACCCAAAGUGUCCCUCCUGGUGCACUCUGGCACAGCCAGUGCACAGCCGUGACUUCCCUGAGCCCUUUGUAUGUGAGUUGGUCAGCGUCUGCUUCACCCGUGACAUGGAGAAAUGAUUCGUGUGCCUCAGUUUUGAAGCAUUUUAAAGGCUUGAGAAUUUUUCAUCCCUCGCACUGAAGAUGGCUAAAUGAAAGGAGUAACAGGAAUGAUGGGAAAGCUCUAACUUCUAGACUCUUUGGCUCUGUUAGUCUGCUAUCCAGCACUGCUCGUGCCAAUCUCUUCAUUAAUUCAGGUGCUAACCAUUUAUUUGUAAUACCAUUUUAAGUGUAUGAAAUACUUUCUGCAUCAGUGUUCAAAUUUAGUGAAAGAAAAUGGCCACUGUUGUUCCACUGGUGAUAGUGCACAACACCUACACAGAUAUCUGUGGAAUAACCCAAAAGAAGACUUUGCUACUGGAAAAGAUUGAAAUGCCAUUUUAAAUUCCUUCAAGUGAUGAAUGGAACACUGCAUUAUAACAGUACGUGUUGUCCUGGGAAAUGGAACCCAGCUGCUCUUUGGCUUUUGUCUUGCUCUUACUCAGAUCCCAUCAAUGCUCAGCUGAUGCUAUGAGCACAAGGUGAAUUAGCAAAUAAUGUCAGUCUGCCUUCAGUAGCAUUUCUUUCACUUCCAUAUUUUCCUGUUGAGAAUUGUGACCUCGUUUGCUUAACGGAUAUAAAUGCAGCCAAAACAGAAAUGUGCUUCUUAAUGAUUGAAACGUGCAGGCAGAAGGUUUGCCUUACAUCUGGUAAUCCAAAAUCUGCCCUCCAUAAAACUUUUGGAUGGAUUGCUGGGCACUUGUUUGCAUCUGGUCCUCCCUUUGAAUGACCCAUCCCCGCACUUUUGCUGUUACUGUUUUAAUUCGCCGCUGUUGUGCAGAAGCUUGAGACACGUAACUCUGCUCUGCCAUCAGGAAGCGAUCUGGUUCUGUAAUCUGAGUGCAGGUAUCAUCUGCACUCCGGGUUCACACGCAUGGGAGCCUUCGAUGGCUCCGAGAGCCUGCGCUGCUCAGUGACAGCGAGCUGAGACUCAGCUCAUCGAAGGGACUCAGAGAGCAAAGGGAAGGUGUCGGUAGCAAAACAGCCGUCGGUGCGGGUAAAACAGCACGCGUCUCGUGCGGUAUGGUGAGAAGGUUUGCUUCGCGCAUAGAGCAGCAUCUGUAAAUCAGGAGGCGUUCGCCGUGCUUUGCUUAGAGCUUGGAACGGAGAACUCGGCGCUGAGCCGAGGCUGCCCGGGGCUUCGCGCUGCUCACGCGAACGUCAGCCGGUAACCGCGGCACGCGGCCGCUCUGGGGAGAAGGCCUGGGAGCGGCGAGGCGCGGAGCCGGGCCGGGCGUCAGCCGCCGCGGAAAGCGCUUCCUUCCGACGGCCGCCUCGGACAGAGCGAGGGGCCGCCGUGAGGCCGGGCCCCGGGAGACAAAACCGACAGACGGCCGACGGCCGCGGCCCGGCGGGCGUCCGGGG